ACGUGAGUUUCAAGGCGCUCCAGAACCUUAGCAUUAAUCGAGAUGAGCCGCCAGUCCCAAAAUGCGGUGCUUCAAAAUCAGAAAGCCGGAUCGAAAGAAUUCCGGGCGAGUGCGAAGGGCACGCUCCUCCCAGGCGCCAGGUCACCCUCUCGGAAUUUACACGCCGGAAGGCCUGCCACGUCAUGCUCAUUGCAGUAAUACGGGCCCCGAAUCACGCCGUCCUGCGAACUGUUGGGAUAAAGUUACUGCGCUCGAGAAUCCGGCGAGCGGCCACACAGAUCGCAGAUUUGGUCGGAUUCGGCCCAAAUCUGCAUUGGCAUGUGGCGCCCUCGCUCCCGCCUCCGCUCUCCAGCCUCCGCCUGCGCCUCUGCCUCUUCUCCUUCGAGGCCUUCGAUUUCCCCGCACCCGCAUGUCGAUUCACUGACCAUCAGACCGACCGAUCGACUGCAAUUGGCCGCGGGUCGCUGCUUCGUCGGAGAAUCGUCGAGGCGUGGAGGGGAGGGCAGUGAUGAUCUUGUCAUGGGCUGGGCAGAAUGUGCGGAGUGUGUCCGGGGCCUGCCCUCGGAGUCCGUCGUGGCAGGAGUUGGAGAUUGUCGCCAAGGCUGUGAGCCUUCGUCAUGAUGAUGAUGAUGGUGGUGGUGGUGGUGCACAGAAAUUCAGGCGGCGCAAUGUCGCGCCUCCGGCUUGUUCUCGGUGGUCUCUGUCUUUGGAUCAGGUGCCGGCGUCUGCGUCGGUGCGAAGAGCGGCCACGGAGCAUCUCGAGAGCUUGCAGGUCGUUGUCGAAGGCACCCCUGUUUCCAUUUCUCCCCCUUCCUCCUCGUCCUCUUCUUCUUCUUCCUUUUCUCGCGUUUGGAGAGCUGAUCAGGACCAGGGAGCCGAAGAAUCAGCAGCCGAGGAUCAGAGUGGUAGAAGAAAUGGGUCGACGAAGGCGGAGGCAGGGAUUUCAGGGAGGAGUGCUUUGUCUGGGGCAGAGAGGAAAGGCGAGGCUAAGAGUAGGGCCGGAGGAGCAUCUUCGGGUGAUAGAAAGUCUGCGACCGCUCCGAAACUUAAACCCUUUCCAAUUGCCAGUAAAGCUGCGAAGUCAAUACGGAGGAAGAAGAAAUCUGAUAAGAAUGAGGAAUUGGUGAACAAAGCAGUGGUUGACUUUCUGGCGAAUUCUGGUGAUGAAGCUGCUUUGGCUUUGACCCGCACUGCCGAGACUUUUGGGAAUCAGAGCUCUCUCUGGGAUCAGAUGAUGAAGCAGUUGGAGCACAGAGGUGCGAGAGGAAAAGCCUUGCAAGUGUUCCGCUUCUUGCAGGGCCAUAGUACCUGUGUGUUGUCCGAGCACAAUCACUUGACUAUCAUAGGAAUCCUCGGAAGAGAUGGGAAAAUGGCCCUUGCUAGGGAAAUAUUCGACGGUAUGAAGGGAGCUGAAAUUGCCCCGAGUGUACUCUCUUACACAGCCUUAAUUUGUGGGUAUGCAAAGCAAGGUUUGGUCAAGAAGGCUCUGGAAGUAUUCAGUCUGAUGCAGUCAGAAGGGUGUAGUCCCAACAUUAUCACAUACAACACAAUCAUUCAUGCCUGUGCGAAGAGUGAAGUUGGCUUGGAAAAAGUUGCUGGGCUCUUUGAGGAACUGCAGAUGAAAGGAUUGAAGCCUGAUGAUAUUACUUACAACUCUAUGAUCAAUGCCUAUAUUAGUGGAAAUCUCUUGGAGAAGGCGAGUCAAGUUCUAGAAGCCAUGCGAAAAGACAAGUACGUACCCAACGUUGUAACAUACACCAGUCUUGUAAAUGCCUACGGCAAAGCCGGUCAGCUGGAGAUAGCUGUGGAACUGUUUGAAGACAUGAAAAAGAAUGGCUGUGCACCAAACACAUGGACCUACAACGCCUUACUGAAAGCUUACGGAAAUGAAGGCCUGUAUGAAAAAGCUUCGGUUCUUUACAAGGAGAUGGGGUGUGCUGGUUGUGUACCUACACUUUACACCUUCAAUACGGUCCUUGAUUUAUAUGGAAGGGGAGAGCUGUUUGUGGAGGCGGAGAAUGUGCUUGUUGAUAUCCAAAAGACCGGCCUAAGUCCUGAUCGGGUCACGUACAACACGCUGAUUUACUCAUACAGCAAGGCUGGCCAUAUUGGGAAGGCAUUGGAGGUUUUGGGGAAAAUGACCAAUGAUGGUUGUAGACCUGACCUUUGGACAUACAAUAUUCUGCUCGAUGCGACAGCGAAGCAUGGUUCAACAGAAGAGGUCAUACAGUUGUACAACGAUCUGAAGGAGGCCGGGCACAAACCAAACGUCGUGAGCUACGGCACCUUGAUCAAUAUGUACGGUCGAGCAGGCCAGUACAUGGAAGCAGAAGAGGUUUGGGUGGAAAUGUGCAAAGCUGGUUGUACGCCAAAUGUCUUCGUGUUCUCCGCAUUGAUCAACAGCUAUGCCCAACACGGUCUGUACGAGGAAGCGCAAACGGUUUUCAAUGACAUGCUGAAGGCCGGGGUGAGGCCUGACGUUAGGAGCUACACUGUACUGAUGGAUGCUUACGGUCGAGCAGGGCUCUGUAAUCACAUGCAGAGAAUAUUGGCGGAGAUGGAGGGCAGUGGUUUUGUGCCUGACUCUGUCACUUAUUUUGUCCUCGUGCGGGCGUUCACUAACGCAGAAAGAUGGAACGAUGGACUUCAGUACUACAGACUCAUGUGCCAGCAAACAAAUCUGGGCGCGGAAAUCUCUCAGGAUCUUAUAUCCGAGUAUCAGACCGAGUAUGAAUUUCUCCUACAGUUGAACAAGGAAGGUGUGAAGGGUUGAGGACAUGAUUCAGAAGCUACGCUUGGAUGUCACCAAGAAUUUGCUGAUUCCUCAGCCGAAAUCAGGGCAAAGAAUGAGCCUCCUACUACACCCGGGGCUGGUGGAUGUCUGCAUUCCUCACACAAUUCAUUUCAGACCCGUGUGACUUUCAUGUCAUAGCUCCAAUUGGGACGACAACAGCUCCUCGCUUGUGCUGCAAGGAGCAACCGGGGGAUCUCUAUAUAAGGUCUCUGGAAGAGCAGACGGGUGGACGCACCACCAACACACAGGAAGAUUUAAUAUGUUGAAUCCGAUGGAAGGUGCGUGGACGCAACAGACCACGUUUCUGACGUCAUGUCGCUGUCGAUCUGACGGCAUCUUGUGUUUUCUGCCCAGCUGAAAGUUCACUUCUGCCAUGAAACAGACUGAUCGUGAAUUGGUACCUUGUCAUGUAGUUACGAGUCGGCUCACGUAGUUUAGUCACUUACUAUCUUUAGAGGUGAAGUUAGGGUUCGGCCAGGAGGAGUAUAGAGUCGGGGAUGGCUCGAAGAACGUUAGUUCUUGGAGUCGAGCCUGGAAGCGUUGGGAGCGUAGAGUGACUUUCCCCUUUGCGUCGACCUGGAUUCUCCGAGUGUGGAGUGGGUUGGGCUUGACUCAUGUUUGUGACGGUGACGGUUUGUUGCCAGUAGGGUAAUUGACCGACGGGAAUUCCAGUGGGGAAUUUCCCGUACGUUUCACUCGAAGAACUUGUGACGAAGAAGUUGUGACAUUUGAGUGUGUAAUCUCUCGCGCCUUAUAUGUGUGUAUGUGUGUGCGUAUGUGUAUGUGAGUAGCAUG